UCCAAUAUGUUCUGCAUGACAAGCCUUGUUAGAUCCUUAAAAGCCUUUAUUUCUAUCUUAGAUAAUAUAAGACUAACAGCUCUUAAGGUAACCAAAGAGAUUAUUAUAAAAUACAAGAGUGUUUUAUUAAUGCCUAAAACAGGCCAGCUAAUAGAACAGCUAAUUAAUGUUAUUAAAGCUAAGAAAAUAUUUAGAAUAUCUUUUUUUACAGGAUUCUCCUAUAUCUUUAUUCGGCAUAGAAAAUACCAUAUGAUACUUGAUACUUGUUUCCAGGGUUAUCCCCACAAAGCCUAUUAUGUGGCAUGCCCGAAAAGUAUUCGCGACUCAGAUCUUUCAGAGGAAGAUUAA